UGACGUCAGAGGUGCGACGGAGAUACUGUGUUCCUGUCCGCACGUUGCAUGCAGCAGCCGGUGUGUGUGAAGGUUUGCAUGGAACAUUUACCUCACAAUGGACACCGAGCCUGCAGUUCUCACCUCGGAGAGCAGUAAAUCUGCCAUACAGUCCGCAAAUGCUGGUGAUCGCCUGGCCCCUGCCGAUCCAGAAUGUGCCAGGACACAGAAUGGAUCUCCUGUGGAUGGCUGUGAAGGAUCCGAGGUCAUGUCAAAGAGGCAAAUGAAGAAACUGAUCAGACAAAGGCAAUGGGAAGACCAGCGAGAGCUCCGAAAGCAGAAGCGAAAAGAGAAAAGGCAAAAAAGAAAACUGGUGCGCCAGGCGCAAGUAGCGCAAAGUAUAGAAGACAAUCCCAAUAAAAGAGUGCGCAGAGAGAUCCAGCCCAGUAAAGUGCGUCUUGUAAUUGAUUGCAGCUUUGAUGAAUUAAUGGCAUUGAGGGAUGUGAAAAAGUUAAACAAACAGAUACGGAGGUGCUAUGCUGAAAAUCGUAGGGCAGUUCAUCCUGUCCAGCUUUAUCUAACAAGCCAUGGUGGACAACUGAAAAGUAACAUGGAUGAAUAUGACAAAGGAUGGAUCAAUUGGAAGGAUAUUCAUAUUAAGUCUGAACAUUACAAAGAUCUAAUGAAGCCUGAGGACCUGGUGUACCUUACAUCGGAUUCUUCUGAUGUGCUCCAUGAGAUAGAUGAAAGCAAAGCAUACAUUAUUGGCGGCUUAGUAGAUCAUAACCAUCAUAAGGGUAUUACCUAUAAACAAGCUUUGGAACUUGGGAUCAACCACGCUCAGCUUCCUCUGGGGAGUUUUGUGAAAAUGAAUACUAGGAAAGUUCUAGCUGUAAACCAUGUGUUUGAGAUAAUACUCGCUUUCUUGGAGAAACAAGACUGGAAGGAGGCCUUCUUCUCUGUUCUACCUCAGCGUAAAGGAGCAGUGCCUAUUGAUGAGACAGCUGAAGCUUCUGCAGAUAAUUCAUCUACUCGGGAAGAUGGGGAAGAAUGUGAAAGUGAUUCUGAGUCUGAAGAUGACACAGCACAGACAGAGUCCAAAGACAAUGAAGUUAACAAUGACAGUUGACAUCUUGUGAAUUAGUAUUUUUCUCCCCAGAAUGUAUAUACCUGUGUUUUUCAGGAAAACAAGUUUUCUUAUAGUUCCCUGCAACCAUAUACUUUUUUAAAUAAUCAUAUCUUUCAAGUAGGAAAGGAUCUUUAAUGUUAUAGGACAGCUUUCUCAGGUCUUUCUGAUAGAGAAUGUGCCGUCAGGUUGAUUUAUUUUUAUUUAAAGGGGUUGUCCAAUAUUAGACAAACAUGGCUGCUUUCUUCCAAAAACACCACACCUGUCCAUGAGUUGUCUGGUAUUGCAGGUCACCUCCACUGAAGUGAAUGGGGCUGAGCUUCAAUACUACACACAACCUGUGGACAGCUGUGUUUUUAGAAGAGAGCAGCCAUGUUUUCUAAUCCUGGACAACCCCUUUAAGACUUGGAUGUUCAAUAAACCAAACAAAACAAUCUAUACAGUAAUAGACGUGAUACAGUCAUCUUACUUGUCACCUUUGUUGUAGGGCUAGAGCUACACUGCGGCUUCACAACCAACAAUAAUUGUGUCACAAUGCUAUAUUACAUCAUAAUGAAAAUGAAUAGGGUCAGUUUAAACCAGGUGUUGACCCACCUGCUGCAUUUGUACCAACUUGUAGGUCACAACGCAACCACAUUCACUUUCAGUAUAUUGCAAUGUAGAAUUGCAGGAACAGUAAUCUUUGGCCAUGCGCCUCGCAGCCAAAGUUGCUGUGUAGCGCCACCUUUAAAGGGAGUCUGUCACCAAAAU